UCGGCCGUUCCGCAACUUGAUUCGCACGUGUUGACAUUUGUUUAUUAUCAAUAGAACCGCACUUUUUUUACCAAUCACACAUUUAAAAUCCGUGAUAAAAUCGUUAAAAAUUAAAAUGAAUAGUAAAAAAGUUGAAGUUGGGAGUACUAGAACUCAUAAUGUCCGUUUUUACAAUCUCUCGCCGCGCUCCAUACAAAGCAUGGCUUAUAAUAAGCUCUUUCACAAACUAGCUAUUACGCGAAAUGAUGGCUCUAUCGAAAUAUGGGAUAUGCAAUAUUCCGCCUAUUUGGAAAAAGUUAUACCCAAGUCUCCUGGGAACUCCGUUGAGGGCAUGGCAUGGGCUGGUGAGCGUUUCUUUUCCGUCGGUCUUACUGGCGAAUUGGUUGAAUGGGACUUGCAUUUGCUCAAACCAAGGCGCAAGCAAUUUGUCACAGGCAAUGCCAUUUGGUGCAUUGAUAUAAACUCAACUGGCACAGAAUUGGUUGUCGGCACUGAAGAAGGAUAUAUCAAUAUAUUUGAAAUAGACAAUGAUCAGAUGCAGUAUAAGAACCUAUUUGAUAAGCAAGAGGGACGCGUAUUAUGCUGCAAAUUUGACCGUACAGGGGAAUUCCUCGUGACAGGCUCCUUAGGUGCUAUACGAAUAUGGGAUGUUAAGAGUGGUCAUGCGCUGCAUAAAAUGACUGUUGCACGGGCGGAAAGAAAGAAGGAGGUGAUAGUGUGGUCACUUCAAGUGCUAAGUGAUUUCACUAUCGUUUCGGGCGAUUCUCGUGGACAGGUAACAGUAUGGGAUGGCAAAAUGGCGACACAGCUAGAAUCACAUCAAGUGCUUAAAGCGGAUGUGCUAACGGUUGCUAUAAAUGAAGAAGAGAAUAUGUUAAUGUGCUCAGGAAUCGAGCCAAUUAUCAGAAUCUAUGCUAAAACAAAAAUCAAGCGUGAAGACACGGAAUACAAUUGUUGGGUUAAAUAUCUGCAACGUAGUGUGCACGACAACGAUGUGAAGGCAUUGAUAUGUGCUGGUGAUCGUAUAUAUUCCGGCGGUAUGGACGGAUAUUUAGGUAUAUCUUCAGCCAGCAAACGUGUCUCUACAAUAGCUAAAUAUGGUCCAUUCUUAAAAAACCCGUGUGUUGUUGUAUCACCCAACAACCGUCUAUUACUACUUCGUUAUACAAACUAUUUAGAGAUAUGGCGUCUGGGCUCUACAGAUGGGAGACCACAAUUUGAGGGAUCUGCCGAUGAUGAGCAGGAUAACAAACCAAAGCACAAAAAUAAAGCACCAGAGCGUAGACUAUUUGCCUUGAAUUCAGCGCCUGAAAAAUUGUUAGAAUUCAAAAGCACACAUGAGGAGCCGAUAGUUUGCGCGACAAUUUCACCCGACAGUCAGUGGUUGUGCUAUUCAACACAAAAGCAUAUACGACUAUUCCGUUUCGUGCCAGCCGUGGCCGGCAAAAAUGAUACCCAACUUGCGCGCAUUAAAGGGCUGCCCGAACAGUUUACCAUUGCCUCCCAUCUAACAUUUACUAGCGACUCUAGGCGCCUAUUCCUCGUGCAACCCAAUACCCAUCAAAUACAUGUAUUUUCUGUGGUCAACAAUGGUAGUACUGACUUAGAUUUUGUAGAAAGUAUUGAAACCAGCAAACACAUAAAGGACGUUAUUAAUCUAUUGGCUGUGUCAGAGUGCGGUACAUACGUAGUAGCGACAGGUACUGAUCAUACUAUUGGUGUGUGGCGCAUAUUCCAAGGGAAACACUACAAACACCAUCUCAAUAUGCCACGCUACUCGGCUAUUACCACUGCGUUGGCGAUACAUGCGAAAGAACCACGUCUUGUUGCAGCAUUUUCCGAUGGUAAAAUUAUUGAAUAUGACUUGGAAGAAAUGUGCUUCACCUGUUCGGAGCAGGAAUAUUUCGUGGAUAACGCAGAAACGCAUUGUGUCUCAAAUGUGUUAGUAGAUAAGCGCAAUCCCAACCACAUUAUACUACACAAUGAUGCGUAUUUAUAUGUGUUGGAAAAAACGACAAGUAAGGAAGGAGAGAACGGGCAAGAUGAGGAUGCCGGAGAAACACCGAAAAAGAAGGCUGGGAAAAAGUUCAAGCGUGUAAAUAGUGACAACAAAGUCAGUGGUCUGCGUUUAAAGUUCAAGAAAUCCUUCGAGCAUUUAAUAUCACUCUGGUGGCUUAGCACGGACGAGCUAGUUGCAGUUGGUGUGAACCCUAUCACGUUGAUAGAACAACUGCCGGACGUAUUCAAACAAAAGAAAUUCGGCACAUCUUAAUGUAUUAUAUAUAUAUAUAUAUAUAAAAGCAAAAAGUAUACAUUCAUAUUGUAGAAAAUGUGCUUUGUUUUAUAAAUUAUGUAUUACUAAGGUUUAUAGUUAAAUUAAAAUAAGUGUAUCAGUGAUGUCAUGUUUAUAAAUACUAGCUCAAAAAAUACCUUUUGAUAGCGAAGGCAUUUAAAUAAUGGAGAUUGUAAAAAGCUAAUGGUAGUGUUAUUAUUUAUAUACUUGAUGUCAAAAAUACAUAUAUGUAAACAA